AUCCCUUGGCCCCCUUUUGGGCAGGGGUGCUCGACCUCUGGCCUGCGGGCCACGUCCAGCCCACGGGAUAGAAAUCGGGUCCCCCACGCCCUGCUACUGUAUCUCCCAGCCCCACGUCUCCGUGUGCUGCAUGCAGCCGGUCAGGAACAGCACCUGGUCCCAGGGCCCAAUCCUGCUGUGGGAGGGGGCAGCGUUGCCCCCACCCCAAGCUCCAAUCCCAGCAUGCAGGGGGAGAACGGGGCUGGUGCCUGGUCCCUGGGCCCCGAUCCUGGUGCACAGCGGGCUGGGAGGGGCAGCGUGAGUGAGAGAGCAGAGCAGCAGCUGGAGCUGCGGGCACAGGGCAGGGAACACAAAGCCAAGUGGCAGAUGGGCCAGGGAGCAGGGUGAGAGUCUGGGGGCCCGGGGCAGGUAGAUUGGACACCGGGCGGGAAGCAGACAGCAGAGCAGCCAAGGGGACUGGGGACACAAGGCAGGGAACAGAAAGCAGAGCAGCAGAUUGGUUUCUGCUGCUCAUCCAUGUCAAAGCUGCUGCUCUGCUUUCUGCUCCCUGCCUUGUGCCCCCAGCCCCAUCAGCUGCUCUGCAGGUGGAGGGGGAGCAGAAAACAGAGUGGUGGAUGGGGGCACAGGGCAGGGAGCAGAGUGGCAGAUGGGCCAAGGAGCAGGAAGAGCAGCACAUAGGUCUGGAGGUGCAGGGAAGGAAGCAGAAAGCAGAGCAGGGAGCAGAAAAUGGAGCGGUGAAUAGAGCUGGGAGGGGAAAGGUCUCCUUGCCCCCGCCUGAGCCAGGACUGAACCCUGUCGCUGGGUGUUCGUGAUUUGCCUUGGGGCUCCCGCCCCGCCGCGGGGCCCAACCCUGCGAGGGGGCAAAGUUCAGGCCGUUCCAGCGCAGCCGGAAGCUCCCAGCCGGCAGCACCGCAGCCAGCUGACUCGGUUCAUCACCUGGUGACCCUCCACCUCCUCGAGCUUCAAGAGCUGCCAGCAAGAUGGUCUCCUGUGGCCCAGAGCUCCAGACCAAAGAGGACGUGUACUGCUUCUCCCUCGCCAAGGCGCUGUACUGCGGGCCCACGCCUGUCACCGUCGGGUUCUACGCGCCAUGGGGCCACUGCAAGAAUUUCCUUCUGCAGAAGAUGCAGAAUUACAUGCACAUGUUGUCGAGGAAGAAGGACCAUCAGGAAGUCCAGCGGACGGGGCAAAGCCAGCGCGGGAGCUCUGGGCGGGACUUGCUCAAGGUCCUCCUGCUCAUGAUCUUCUACCGCCCGGUCCUGACGGCCCAGCAGAGGCAGAGGAGGAACAUCCAGCACAUCUUCAUCCGCUUCAGCGCCUGGGAGUAUGCGGGCAGCGACCAGCUCUGGGCCGGCCUCAUCACUACCCUGUGUGAUGGCAUCGAAGGCCACUUUGGCCUCCUGCCCAUGAGCUUCUACAGGGCUGUGGGCAGGAAAUCUUCCAUCCUCAACGCCCCCCUCGAGAAGGAAUGGGUCAGUAAGAGGUACCUCUGCCUUCCUCUCUGGGCUGCAGUGAUUCUCCUGAUCACGGUGGCCGUGGUCGUGGGUGUCCUCAUCCUCGUUCUUGGGUUCCCUGUUGGGGACAUUUCUGGGGAUGCGAUUGUAGCAGUGGAGGGCGUCGGCGCCGCGGCAGUGGGCAUCUCUGCGGCCGCGGCCAUUCGGAUUGCCAUCCUGGUGGUGCGAAAUUUGGUCGUCAACCAGAAAGCCCAGCUGGAGAGUCAGAUGAACCGGACGGAUCUCAGCGCCCAGCUGGGCUUCAUGAGCAGCGUCAAGAGGGAAGUCAAGUUGGUCAUCAGAUUCCUGCAGUUCAUGGAGAUCUUCCAGCGGCGGAAGAUCCGGGUGGUGCUGGAGAUCACCAACCUGGACCAGUGCAGCCCUGACAAGGUGGUGGGCGUCCUGGACGCCAUGAACAUCCUCCUCUCAGACUAUGAUGCCCCAUUCAUCUCCAUCCUGGCUGUGGACUCCAAAGUGGUCGUCGACUGCGUGGAAAGCUCCACAUUCAUGAAGGGCAUGGCCAACAACGGCUACGAGUUCUUGAACCGCGUGAUCACGCUGCCCUUCUCGGUGCCCAGGAUGGACUGCGAGACCAAGGUGCGCCUCCUCCGGGACAUCGUUGAGUGUCGCAAGGAACAAGAGAAAGAGCCAGAGGACGGCACAGGGAGCCAGACAGACACCUCCUUUCCGUUGGUACCUCACUAUCGUUUGGCCAACCACGGUGCCAGGAACCCAAACCCAGAUGAAUGCCACGUGCCUCUCAUGGACAUAGGCCCUUCCACUCGAGGACCAUCCAACGGCUGCACCAGGAAAGCCGUCAAAGCCAAAGAGAUCAUUCGAAAAGCUUUAGACUCCCUCGUGCAUGGCUCCAUGAAGGAAUACAUGACAGAAAACAUCGUGCAGAUGCGCAGGAUCGUGAACACCAUCGCCAUCACCGUCCGCCUCAUCGUGCAGAAGGUCCCCAAGGAUGAGGUGCGCCCAGAGAUGGUGGCAGCGUGGGUGCUCCUGGCCAACCAGUGGCCGUGUCGCCUGAGCUGGAUCUUGCAGUGCAUUGAAGACGAGGAGCAGAGGAACGACCCGGCUGGUUGCCAGGGAAAUGCGCUCCCUCCCGACAUGCCGCUGUGGGAGGUUUACGAGAAGUACAUGGAGGAGUUUGACCUGAUGAAGGGCUCGAUGGAGAAGCUGCUGGAGCUGGACCGUGAUCCCGACCUCUUUCACAGCUUCUUGUGUGGCCGGUUCCAGGUGAAAGACGCCAGCUUCUACCUGCCCUUCACCGUCAACCUCGACCCGUCCCUGCAAAGGCAGAUGGAGCUGCAGCGAGGCAGCCGCAGCCUGAAACGCACAAAGAAAGCCCGCGGCCUCUCCAGGUGCACCUUGCUGCGUAUGACCGUAGAGGAGGUCUGCGAGGAGAUGGCUACGCUUGGCUUUAAAGAAGGGAACCUCCAGCUCUACAAGGAGAGGCUGGAAGAGCAGCAAUUGAAUGGCCGGGCCCUUAUCUACAGCGACAACAGUGAAAUCAAAGAAGCCCUAGGCAUGAGCGUUGGAGAAUGGACUCUCUUCAGCAUGCACUUCCUAGGAGUCCUCCCCCAGGCCAGCCCAUCUGGGGUGGUUGUGUCCUCCGUCCCACAGUGCAUGAGGCAGGCCGUCCAGAACAUUCACAGCUCCAGGGGGAGCUGGCUGUCUUUGAACCUCUCCCGAGAGGAUCUGCUGGAGAGGAGAUGA